CACUCUCACUCUUCUCUCUCUACAGUUUUCUCUCUCUCUCUCUCUCUCUCUCUCACUCUCACUCUUCUCUCUCUACAGUUUUCUCUCUCUCUCUCUCUCUCUCUAAUUCAUCAUCGGAUCUGAGUUCCCCAAAGUUAAAACCCCUUCUUCCAAUAUUGUCCGAUCUCUCCGCUUCCCCACACAAUCACACAAUCACACACACACACACUCCAAACCCGCACACAUACUGUGUGUGUGUCUCUCUCUGAAUACGUACGUGUAUACCUAAGGUUGUAGCAGAGAGUGGAGAGUUGGUUGGGAGCAGUAUUCGGUCGGUUCUCGGGUCGGGGCCCGGCCCCAGUGGGAGAUGGAUCGGGCAUUGUGAGCUGGAUUCGAUGGGAGGUGAUAGACGAUGAGCAAAGCCGGGGAAGAAGAAGAAGACGAGGAGUGCUUCCACGACUCGCUCGACCGGCUCCUCUCUUCCUCCAACACUUCUUGCUCUUGCUCUCCUUCCACUUCCGACCCAGAAGAAGACUACGAUCCCAACUCGAAUUGCAGCCCUGAUUACAAUGACCCAGUGCCCAAAUUCCCCAUGGGAGUCUCCCAGAACUACGAUGUUUGGAUUUCUCAGCCAUCGUCGGUGGAGGAGAGACGCAUCCGCCUCCUCCGCCAGAUGGGCCUCACCCGUGACCCCUCACUCCUCCGCCACCGCCCUUCCCUCUCCCUCUCACUCUCAUCCCAUCACUCGAACCCCCUUGGUGAGAAAUCUUACAGUACUGAUGAUAAUACUUCGAAAGUCCUUGAUAAUAGUAGUGAUUCCGUUAAUGGUGAUGAUAGUAGUAAUCGUAAUGGUAGAGCAUCUGGGAUGGUCCGAUCUAAGUCUGAUGGAAACUAUAAUUCGCGCAAGACUUCGCAAGUUCAUUCGAAUAAUUCGGCAACAGGUGGAAUUGGUAUAGAUGUAAAUAAUGAUAACGGGAGUGAUAUUCAAAGCCAUUGCCGUAUGGAAAGAUCAAGAAGCAGCAAUCAGUCGCCUGUCAGAAGUACGGUUUCUCCAAAUAAACCCCCAAAGGUGAAGAUUAGAAUGGAUUGUACACGAAAUGGGAGCUUUAACAGCUUGUUGCCCGUCGUGAGGAAUGAAGAGUCGGACCGGAGUUUGGAGUGUAACGGGUCAGAUGAUGUUAAUGGCGUAUGUAUGAUAAAGAAUCUUGACAAUGGAAAGGAAUUUGUGGUGAAUGAGGUGAGGGAGGAUGGGACUUGGGAAAAGAUCAAGGAAGUGGGAACUGGGCGCCAGUUAACCAUGGAGGAGUUUUCAUCCGAGAUGUGUGUCGGGACUUCACCGAUUGUACAGGAGUUGAUGAGGAGACAGAACGUUGAAGAUGGGAACAAAGAAUGCUUGGAUUCAAAUGCUGAUCGGAGCUUCGGGGGUGCAUCUAAGUUGAAGAAGAGAGGGGGUUGGCUGAAGAGUAUAAAGAAUGUGGCAAGUUCAGUUACAGGGCAUAAGGAGAGAAGGAGCAGUGAUGAGAGGGACACAUCAUCUGAGAAGGGUGGGAGGCGGUCAAGCUCCGCCACAGAUGACAGCCAGGAUGUCUCCUUCCAUGGGCCAGAGAGAGUCCGAGUCAGGCAGUAUGGGAAAUCUGUUAAAGAGCUUACAGCACUAUACAAGAGCCAGGAGAUACAGGCACACAAUGGGUCAAUUUGGGCAAUUAAGUUCAGUUUGGAUGGGAAAUAUCUGGCUAGUGCUGGUGAAGACUGUGUGAUUCAUGUGUGGCAGGUCGUGGAAACAGAGAGGAAGGGAGAUUUCUUUUUUGAUAAAUCUGAAGAUGGUAAUUUCAAUCUUCUGUUUCUAGCCAAUGGAUCGCCAGAGCCGUCGUCAAUGUCACCAAAUUUAGAUGGUCUCUCAGAGAAGAAAAGACGAGGGAGGUCAUCUAUAAGUAGAAAGUCUGUGAGUCUUGAACAGAUUUUGGUGCCUGAGACAGUGUUUGCCCUUUCAGACAAACCUAUCUGUUCAUUUCAAGGACAUUUAGAUGAUGUACUGGAUCUCUCAUGGUCCAAGUCUCAGCAACUGCUAUCGUCUUCAAUGGACAAGACGGUGCGUCUGUGGGAUUUGUCUAGCAAGUCUUGUUUGAAGAUCUUUUCACACAGUGACUAUGUAACCUGCAUCCAGUUUAAUCCAGUUGAUGAUAGAUACUUCAUCAGUGGAUCUCUAGAUGCUAAGGUGCGAAUAUGGAGCAUUCCUGAUCGCCAAGUUGUUGAUUGGAAUGAUUUGCAUGAAAUGGUCACUGCUGCUUGCUACACACCUGAUGGACAGGGGGCACUAGUUGGUUCAUACAAAGGUAGCUGUCGCUUAUACAACACAUCAGAAAAUAAAUUGCUGCAAAAAAGUCAGAUCAAUUUGCAGAAUAAAAAGAAGAAAUCUCAUCAGAAGAAAAUAACAGGAUUCCAGUUCGCACCAGGAAGUACAUCAGAGGUGCUUGUGACAUCUGCAGAUUCCAGAAUUCGUGUCUUAGAUGGUGUUGAUCUGGAUCUUGUUCACAAGUUCAAAGGGUUCCGCAAUGCAAACAGCCAAAUUUCAGCCUCCCUCACUUCUAAUGGGAAAUAUGUAGUUUCUGCCAGUGAAGAUUCAUAUGUUUAUGUAUGGAGACAUGAAGGUGAAUCCCGACCAAACAGAAGCAAAGGUGUUACUGUUACUCGGUCUUACGAGCUUUUCCAUUGUCGAGACGUAUCUGUGGCAAUCCCCUGGCCUGGCAUUUCCGACACAUGGGGUCUCCAAGAUACUUGUGCUGGAAGGCAAAACGGUGCACUUGAUCGUCUUGAAGACGUAUUAAAUGCAUACCAUCCAACUACACCAGUCGAAGAAACUAACGGCAGCGAAGGCUCGCCAUUAGCAUCUGGGUGCAGUAACAGCCCUCUUAAUGGAACUCUAUCUAGCGCCACAAACAGCUACCUCUUUGAUAGAAUCUCAGUAACAUGGCCUGAGGAGAAACUUCUCUCAGCUACUAAGAGCCGUAGCCCUCGUGUCAGCGUAGACUUCUCUAACGGUUUCUACCAAAACCGGUCAGCCUGGGGUAUGGUCAUAGUAACUGCAGGCCUCACAGGAGAAAUCAGGACUUUCCAGAACUUCGGAUUGCCUGUUCGAAUUUAGGCAUCAAGGGACUCUGAAACACGUGACUAUAAGCACCUCAACGAGUCCUAAGCCCCAAGUAUGCAAAAAUUUGUACAGAUAUCAGAGAGGUUGUAAUAUUAGCGAGUUCUCUAUUUCUUUUUUUUUUUUUCUUUCUUUUUGUAUUUUCUUGUACCUGUGCCAGUCGGAUCCACGACUCAGCCAAGAAGCCUUGCUGACGGCACUGGUGAAAAAGUAGAAUUCUCAGGAGUGAAGAAGAGGGGGGUGGGCAAAAGGUAAAGAAGAUGUUACAGCAUUGAGUUUUAGACACCGAUUUAUUUUGUGUAAUCGGGAAGUGUAGAGUUAAGGGGGCGUUGUCAUCUAAGCCAAAUUCUUUAUCAAUUCAUUCAAUUUUAUUUAGGGCGUUGUAUACAUAAAAGUUGGGAGUGAAGCUAAAGCUGAAACUGGAAUGUGAAAAGGAUGAGCAUUUCCAUGUUCAUUGCACAUCCCAGUUUUAAUGUACUCUUUUCUGUACAUGAUUUUGUAAUUGACAGACAUUCUUCACAAGCAAAAAGAAAAAAAAAACAAGUAUCAUUUGCGUUUC